GCGCGCGCUGGCCUGCGGCGCGCUAUUGGAAGAGGUCGGGGGGGGGGCGCGUCCGUCCGUGCGUGCGCGCUCUCGCGAGCUGUCCGUUUAAAUGUAAACAAGAGGCGUCGGGCGAAACGCACGCGAGAAAGGGAGGGGGGAAGGAAAGGGAAAAAAAAACCCCUUCCGACCAUUAACUCCUUGAACCCGGGGUGGUAGCUGCCAUUUCUUUCAUCCCCUCUGCACCUCUUUCGAUACGUCGUCCGGUCUUUCGAAAGCAGCAGUGGUGCGUGUUUUCGUCUUGGCGCUAUUUGUGCGAGGGGGGAGGGCGGGGAAGGAACGGCGCGGGGCCUAGGCCUCAGGCUCCGGUCUGUUCUUCACGCUGUUCCCGCUCUGAGCGAGCGAGGGGGAGGGAGGUUUAAAAAAAAAACAAACCCGCCGUCAUCCCGCGGCCCAGCCCUUUGGAUCCCCGCUGCUGAUUCAGGCCAGCCUCCACCAUCUACACACACACACAUGCACUCUCCACCAUCACCACCUGCUUGAUCAGAGGAGACGAAAGAAGGAAAACUAGUCAGUGUUUCAGGAGGCUGCAUAGAAAAUGGAACUAAGAGACAGAGAGAGAUCAGGGACUUCGAGAAACUAAAAUGAGGGAAUUUCCAGUUGUUCAUUCAACUGUUUAAAGAUAGCAUCUACUCCUAGGCUUUUGCUCCAGUCAUGGAAUCGGAGAGCAAAGGUGGUGAGGAUGAAGAGAGCCUGCAGAUGGCGUUCAAAAAACUUAAAGUGGACUCUGAGCAUGCCGGACCUGCAUCAGUCCGUGUAAAUCCUGAAACAACAACUUCAAGGACAUCUGUACGAGGCAGUCCUGAUGGAGCUAAACCUAGGACAACAUGUACUUCCAAAGAAAGCUGGCAUGGUUCAACUAGAAAGCCAGCUCGAGGGGCUAUCCGAACACAGCGAAGACGACGUUCCAAAUCACCAAUUCUUCAUCCUCCUAAAUUUGCCUAUUGUAGUUCUGCAGCUCCUGCAGCCAGUUGUCAGGUUAAACAUAGCAACAAAACAGAGGCCUACCAGGGCCUUGCUGUCAAAACUCCAAAAGAGUGCUGCAAAGCCGGACAGCCUGAAGAUGUGUUCGGUGCUAAAGUUCCCACCGUCUUCACCUUAGAAUCAUCAGAAGACACUGCUGGAAAUGAUGCUGAAUCUGGCAGCAGCUCCCCUCUUGAUUUUCCAAAACUGGCAUCCGCAACAGCCCUGGAGUUGAGCCAGCCAACCUCUGAUUUCCAGUCCCUGUCAAAGCUUCACCAGACCAACCCAUGCUGCUGCUCACAAAAGGAGAAAUGCUGUUGCAAACGAUGGCAAGAUGUUGAGGUAUACUCCUUCACUGGGCUUCGCAGUGUCAUAUCGGAAUGUGAGAGAGGCGUGGCUGAGGCCCGCCAGCACACGUCACCUUGCAGAAGAACUCAGACAGGCUCUGGGGUCUCGGGUUCCCCGCGUUCCUGCUCUGAGGAGGCCAGGACAUUUGUUGAAGACAUCACAAUUGAAGAUCUUUCGGGAUAUAUGGAAUAUUACCUGUACAUUCCGAAGAAAAUGUCUCACAUGGCCGAAAUGAUGUACACCUAAGAAGGAUCCUCGAUGGCCAAUUUAUUUACGAACUAAUGUGACUGGAAUGAAAACAAACUGCAAGGAAUACUGGCUUAAAGGAAUUAUGCAAGACCUAAUUUUGAUUUGAGUUUUAUUUUUUGAAAUCACCCCCCCCACCCACCCACCCACCAUUUGUGUUGGCCCUUGAUGUAGUUUGGAGGUUUUGUGUAAGACACAAGUAAAAACAUGAAGCUGUUAGACUAACGUGUUUUUUUUUCUGAGGACACAGGCUUACGAUAUCUGAAAUUAAUUCUUGAUAUAAUAAUGUCAGCAUGCAUCCUGAUCAGCAAAAUUUAUUGCAUUCACACAUGACAUUCAGGGCAGAGAGAUGACCUUUUACCAAAAGGAAAGCGUAGUGGGGCUAGAGGUUUGCUGACUGCUUGCAGCCGGUCAACUAGGUGUAUAUUGUCCUACAACAAAAAAAAUAUUGUGACUUCCAUCGGUUUAGAAUUUUAAAGCUGCAUUGCUGUAUAAAUUUUUGUCUAUUGAUCUCAAAUGAAUUGUCUGUGUGACAGCUAUUUCUGAUGACUGAUUUUUCCGGUAAGUAUUAAAUCCAGCCUUGUGUCCUUCUCUCCUUUCUGAGCAGUAUGAAAUUUUAUUUUAGUUGAAAAGAGAGGUAUGGGGAUGAGUAUUGCCUUGUUCUAAAUUAUUUGCAGAAGUUGGGUCUCUUCAGUAGAUUAGACUCUAAACACAGCACCAUGUAAAAUAUAUGCACAAUUUCAGCAACUCAAGAACUAUAUCUGCCAUGUUUUUUAGGCAUGCAAAUCCAACAUUGCAGUUUCAAAAAAGCUGUUUUUGAUGAGAGGGUGCCAAAAAGACUGAAACUGCUUUGAUCCCAAGGUCCCCUGUUGUGGUAGGUUUUAUUUUUGCCCCUUCAAGAUGAUGGCAGAGGGUCACCUGUACCAUAUUGAAUAGAUGGCUUAAGGAAAAGAUUACCUGGGCUCUGAAUUUUAACACUGUAACAUGUCCUCUUUCGAGUGGUUCUAGUUCUUUAAAUCUGACCUAUUCUUGAGAUGAAUUAAACUGUUAUAAUAGCUAAAUUAAAAUCGCAGGUAAGUAUUUAAGUGCUGCCUUUUACCUGAGAAAUGGCUUGAAGUCUGAUCUUUAUUGAAAGUUGAAGACACUUGGACUCAUUCUCAUUUGCCCACCUUUUUGGGAGUGUAACGUGAAAUGAGGCUAAUUGACUUCUUUCUACAGUUUCUGCUAAAUGUUUAAGUUGUCUCCAAUAGUACCAGGGGAAUGGCUAUUAUCAGAAGAUGAAAAAUAUUACUGUUCAGUGGGCAACCAUUAUGGGGUGAGUUGAGUAAUAUUGGGGGCAGUGGAAAAGGAUUUUUGUCUUUUUUGGUUUCCUCUUUGUUCCUCGUUGCCCCACUACCACCUUGAGAUGUCAGGCUCUUGCUCAGCUUCAUGCCAAUUCCACUAUUAACUAUUAGGAGAAUGAUUUACCUAAACUUGUAUGGUAUACAAAACUGAGGACUAAAUGACUUAAGGGGUUAUAUACUCACGAUCUGCAUUAAUUAUACUGCACCUAUAUUUUGUGCUGUUAUUUAUAAAUACGUUUAUAGGGGUGCUAAUCCAUUUUGAGAUAAACCUUUGCUAGUAUCGGCUGUUCAUGAUAUCAGUGGCUGUGUUGAUGCUUGGCAGCAAUAGUGCUUUGUUUUGGGAGUUGUUACCAGGUGUUCAAUAUUGGAUAAAUACUAUAAAUUGCAAUUACCUGAUGCUGCCUCUGAUCUGAUCGAAUCCAAUCUGUACCCUCCAGAGCUUGAUUUUGCAGUUUUUCUACUCUGGUUAGGUUUUUUUUGAGUAGCACAGUAAAGGAGACCAAGGAAUAUUUGAGUCAUCUUGUCUGCUGAGUUAGGUGAUCUCUGUACCGCAGUGAGGUGUGUGCGUUUACACUCCUGGAUUAGAGAGAUGGGGGAGAAGUUUGAAUUAGUAAAAAUUUGAAGAAAGUGCAAUGCUGAAAAACUGAUCUAAUUUGGAAAAAGUAGUUUGCAUAUUUUGUCCACUCUAUUUGCAUUGUGACUCAUCACAGUUUGAGCUGAGUCUGUUAAAUUUGAUUGUUUCUAUUUUUCUGUUUUAAAGCUCUCCUUGAAGAGAGGAUAAACUGCACUAAUGUGUUCUAUUGAGUAUUACAGCCACCUCCUCAGUGGUAGUUCUCAAAGGUAAUGUUAAUCGUAGUAACAGUUUUGAAGUAGUCUGAGUACUCUGGAUCUGUAUGCCAUUUGUUGUCUUUCUUAGACUAAAAGAAUUUUGAAUUUGCAUCAUUUUGAAUUGACAGGUUGAACUUGGCUCUGAAAAGAUGGAAGACUUUGUGCCUCUAAAGCUCUGUUAACUUCAUGUUUUGGAAUAAAUUUCAGAUUUCUUUUAUUCAACUGCCUCUUGUUUGCUUUUAAUUGGAGUGGUGACUUGAUAGAGAUCCUUGGCCUUUGUCUCCUCAGGCUGAGGUUCCUGGUGCAGUGCUAGCUGUGGUUAGAGCACUUUAUUGGAUGAAGCUUCUUUACAGUAGUGGAAAAUUGUAAAGUAAUGCAGCUUUAAUUUUGUAAACACCCCUAGGUGUGGGUAUCACCCACAAGCUUGGCACAUAAUUUCCAGCUCUUAUUUCCCUGAAAAGGCUGCAAGGUGGUCUGCAACCAAGUGAGGGUCAUUUCACAAAGCAGUUCACAGUCAACUGGAGUGUAGCCAUUUUUGAGUUCUAAGUUGUAACUUUAUCUCUCUAAUAGUAUUUGUAACUUACACAAGCUUGCCACCUAUUAAUGGUUGUGCCCUUUUUGUUUUGCCCAGCUUUAUCCUCUUCCGUCUGGAUGCAAUUGAUUAUUAAAAAUAAAACAUCAUUUAAACAUAUUGCUAAUCAUAUUGAAAAGUUGCUGUAAGGUUGCAAGCUAAAUUAAAACAAAGGUGUUGACCGGGUCGGUGGCAGAGAGUGCAUUUGAGUUUUAAAUGCAUCAGUCAUACGGUGAUGAAGGCAGUAGUUUCUUCUAGAAAAAAUAAAAUUCCCUCUUGAAAAUGUAUUUCAACUUUGUAUAAUAUUUUUAAUGAUUUGUGCUACCUAAACCUGCAAUCCAUUGAAAUUUAGGAACUGCUUCCCUUCUUGCUGUGUAUUUCAAAGAUUUGCAGUGCUAAUCGUUUCCAACCCCAGGUGAUGCUGUUAGCAACGUGUUUGCAUUAUACACAGCUUACUAUUUUCACUUCCUAAAUAAGGUGGGGUGCUCUCAAAGCUGAUUUCAGAAGCUACUUUUUCAGAAGUGCAGUAUAACUCCAAGUUCCCAUUUUGAGAAACUUGUGAGAAUUCUCUUGACAGAGCUGUUAUGGAUUGAUGUGUAAAGUGUUCAUGGUGUAGAUUGCAGCAUGACAUCCUCUGAACUGUACAAAAUGUGUAAUAUUACCUGAACCAUAAAAUAUGCUGCUUAUUGUUCAA